AUGGGAUGGCCAGCAACUUCCUCCGACCUCAAUCCAAUACAAAAUUUAUGGGAUUAUAUCGAUAAAAAAUUAACUCAUCACCGUCCCAGCACAGCACACGAGCACGAGACUAUCAUAAAAAACUUCUGGUCCGAAAUCAAGCCUGAAACGUGUAAUAGAUUAGCGGAAAGUAUGCCACGACGUCUACAAUCGUGUAUUCGUGUGAAAGGAGGAACAGCAGCCAAAUAUUGA